AUGAGUAGCAGUGGGAUCACUACAGUUUCAUCCCGGGAUCCACAGGCUUUCAAACGGACUGUAAAGAAGAUAAAAUGUGCCGCUAUGGUGGCCAAUUUGGCUAAAAGUUGGCAGGGAUGGGCUAAAGAACAUGCUGGCAAGCAAGAAGCCAUGCCAAGUGGCUGGAUGCCUUCAUCUGUGGAGGAGGAAGAUAAAAAAGAACGCAACCAUGUUGUUAAACUUACAGUUACCCCACGUGUAAUCUUAGCAGAUCCCAGUGACAAUAGUGAGAAUAAGAUCAGAACCUGCUCUGUAAACAAGACCGUUCAGCCAAAACGCAGCGAGUGCAGCAGCAGCGAUAUAGUUAAUGCCAUUCGUGGCAAGAUGGAGUCAGGUCCUGAGGAGACCAAGCCAUUCAUGGGCAACGAAUCACCAACACGGCGGCGGCAGAUGAGGGCACUACAAAGUGGAGAAGGAGGCGGGAGGAUACAGGACAGGAAACUAAAGCUCCAGGAGAAGAAGUUGGGGUCAAGAAGCAGCAGCGUGGACACAGACGACAGCGGGUUGGGAGAGGAAAGCGGGCUCAGCGACAACAAUGAAUCUAAAAACGAAAAUGGCGAGCCCCAGUCCAAAAAGCAGACCAACAGGCCAAAGAUUAAAAUUGCCACCACGGGUGACAUCAGAAGUCGCUGGCAACAGUGGUCCGAACACCACAUUGAAGGCCAGAAGCUCAAUCCCUUCAGUGAGGAAUUUGACUAUGAGUAUGCUAUGGCCCAGCGCCUCCGCAAGGGUGACUCUGGCUAUGGACGACCCAAAGAAGGCUCCAAGACAGCAGAGAGGGGAGACAGGGCCCAGAAACACAUCUACAGGGAGAUGGAGGAGAUGGUCUGGAUUAUAAGAGACAUGGGCUUCAAGAAUAAAGAGGGUAGAACAAUCAUAACUUUUGGCCGUCUCUUCGACCGCUACGUGAAAAUCUCGGACAAAGUGGUGGGCAUUCUGCUUCGCUGCCGCAAACACAAGAUGCUGGACUUUGAGGGGGAGAUGCUGUGGAAGGGGCGGGAUGAUGAUGUCAUUAUUACGCUAAAGGAUUGA